AUGACAUAUUUGGUAACUAAAUUUCAUGUUUUCCUACUUUCGCAGCCUAUGGUAUAUAUAUGGGACUCCUGCACUCUUCUUACAUUACAUCAGAUUGGUUUUGGCUUUUUUGAAAGAGGAGUAGGAUGUCUCGCCUUCUCCACUGUGGUAAGUUUUUCCAUAUUAAAAUGAGAAUUGCUGAUUUAUAUUCAUUAAUCAUAUUUCUUUUUUAAAACAUCUAUAAUUUUUUGUUUCUUAAGUAUAAUAAUAUGCAUAACAUUCCUAGUGAUUGUGAUCUUUUCUUCCAAUACCCCCUGUCCUCCUCCCCAGCAUUUUUGGCUUCUCUUGCUAUCCAAUAAUGGAUGCCUCUGAUAUAAAGAUGUAACUGACAAGAUGAUAGUAUCUCAAACGCAUGGUCUCCGUGUGCAUGAAAAUGACACGUCAUUAGUUGAGCAGUGGAUAUAUCAGCACCUAUACGCAAAACUAUUUGAAAGUGGAACUGUAUUUUUUAACGAAUCACGUUGACUGUGUUGGAAUUUCACUAAAACUCCAGUCCAGUCAAAAGUUAUAUUAAGACUAGUUAGGGACUACUUUGUGUUAGUAUUUUCCUACACUUGACAAAAAAAGGCAGAGCUACAUUUUUUUCAAGCCUUGUCAAGCCCCCAGCAGUCACAAGUGACUGAAGGGAAAAAGGCUCUGUCUGUGGAGUAUCCCUCAGUGUUCAUAGACCUCAUUGUUGUAUUCUUGUGCAUGCGCAAGUGUACUACCCUGAUAUUGGCUUCUGACAGCUGAUGCGCCAGGAGCUGUAAUGGACCAGCAGCAAGAACGUGGAGGAAGUGGCAACGGACAGGUUCAGGUAAGUGUAAUUCACCUUCCCCUCCACUCUGCGGCAACCAGACAACCAAUGUCAAAUUAUGCAAAGACCCCAGACGGUGACAGAGACACUUUAAUAAUGCAGUUCUGGGGCAAAGUGCUAGAUUUGCUAGGUAAACUUGCAUUUACUCUAAAAAUUCCCUGUUUUGUCUUGAUAAAUAGUUUCAUCCACAGAAUACAAAAAUAUUAAAUUACAGCUCAAGUUUAUAACUUUCCAUACACUUCAAUUUGCUGUUUAGUAUUUUGCUAUGUAUUGCUCUGUAUAUCCUUUGCAAUGAAAAUACAAUGUAUUUUUUAUUUUUAUAAAACAGUUCCUUAAAAUAUCCCCUGCUUCCCAUAUUAUUACAAAGUAUUGUUAAAGAGCUUAAAUGAAGCAGAUAUUUAUUUUCAUUUUUUUCAAGUCUCCUGGUAACUUAAGCUCUUAAUAAAAAUAUUUAGUAAGCAUUUAGAGUUGCCCUGGCAACAGGGUUGCUAAGUCAGGUGUCGGAGUGAAUAUACCCAGCCAACUGACUGUAAAGUUUUAUGGUAAGAUAAAAUUAAAGAGAACAAUAGGGUAAUGUUACUUAAAAAACCUGCAAUACACUUCUUCCUUAUUGCAAAGCAACUGACUGAGAUUUUCUCGAGGCAUGGUUUAAUAUACAGUGAAUUGUAGAACAUUAACAGCUGAUUUUUAAUAUGCUUUAAAAUGUCACUUGGCGGUAAUUUUGCGAUUUGAUUGAAAGUGAACCACAACUCAUUGCAAAUUCAAAUACUUCAAUAAAAAAUAAUUUGCUGUGCUAGUACAAGCCUGCUUUUGAAAUUAUCUCUGUAUAUCAGAUAGCACUUUUCUUAUCUUUCACCAUUCUAAAAACAAUGACCCCUUAAUCCCCUCAUUGACUCUUAUUCCACUCCUUUAUCUCUUAUCCCAGGAUUCAGGCUCAUACCUAUGUGUAGUAGAUGAUUCUAAUGAGCACGUUCUGUCUGUAUGGGACACAGUAAAGGGGAACAAGAUUGCAGAGACCAAGGUAAAUUCUACCUUAAUAUUACUCUAGAUUCAGCGAAAGGUUCAAAUCUCACUAUACUGCUAUGGAUGGAUGGUUUUAUGCUGCUCCACAGAACAAUGUAGAAAGGUUUUAUACCCAAACCCAUUGUGUAUUGUGUUAGCCCUAAGAUCAAAGUAACCCAAGAUUGAGUAACCUAAAGUGACAAAGCUCUCUCUUUAUACUAUUCCAAAGUUAAUUUAACCAGUGGCUAUAGUACCGUAUCAAUUCCACUGUGCUGUUCAUAGAAAAUGCUGUUUUAGGUUGGAAUUGGGUUCUGCGGCAGUAAUGGAUGCUGUUAAUGCUCUUCUGUUUAAAGGAAGCACUAAAUAUGUUUUGACAAAAGUUGUGCAAGACUUUAUGCAGUGAAGCAAUAAAAUACAUUAGCAUUUUAAUUUAUACUGAAUGGAAUUUAAUGCCCAACAACAUAAGGACAUUGGGAUUGAAUCAGCCAUGUCAUGUUGGACAUUUUGAUUAUGGGAAAAAAAAUAUUUAUUUAUAUGAUUCAUGCUGUGUUGAGAGAGUGAUCGUAACCUUAUUCUAUUGAUCAAUUUCUUAAGACAUUAAUCCUGUGCAGUAGUUUCUUUUCAUUUGACAUUGUUUAUGAAGCAUUCAUGGACAAUAUCUAUAUUCAUGUAGCAGUUGAACAGCAGAAUCUUUCUUUCCUGACAGUGCACUAAUGAGCCGGUAUUGUGUGUGGCCUUUAACCCAGUGGAUAGCAGCAACAUUGUCACUGUUGGCAAGUCUCAUGUGCACUUUUGGACCUGGAGUGGAGUUUCUCUUACCAAGAAGCAGGGGAUUUUUGGGGUAAGAUAACUUCACCAAUCUUUGCUUUUCUUUUAUCCGUUUAAUCUGUUUUAGGCACUGAUCUCCAUGUCUUGUUCUCUAUGCUACCCUCUUAUUGUAUAAUUUAAUGAUCUCUGCAGGUAUACCUUCAGGCAACAUACAAUUACAUAUGCCAAUACAUAUAUUCCAUGUAUGGCCUUGAAUACUCUAAAGUUUGAAUGUCACUGUAAAUAUUUCAUCUGUGGCGUGUGGCAUUGGUUUGUGCAGUGUAAUGUCUCUAUUGAAUUAACAUUUCUGUUCAUGGCCCUGUAGAAGUACAAAAAGCCACGUUAUGUGCAAUGUCUGCUGUUUGAUCGAACUGGGGAUGUCUUGACUGGAGAUUCAGAGGGUCAGAUAUUGACCUGGGGAAGAAGUGCAGCAGAUACCAGGACCUUAGGGAGAGGAGCAAAGGGUAAGAUAAAAAAUAUACACAUAAAUUCCUAGAUUUCACUAUUAACAUGACGUAACGUCAUGAUUUUAUUAAAGACACGGAGGCGAGUAUUAUGCUUCUCUUUCGUUAAUUCUCCCUCAGCAGCGAAGAGAGAUAUAUGCAAAAGAGAGAAAAAAGAACAAAUAACAUUAGCAUAUUGACAGUGCUAUCAUAGGUAUCCACCCCCUUAGUAUAUAAGGUGUAGCACUCCAUGCUUCUUCCUCUUUCUUCAGCGAUCCGAAGACCAGAUCCAUAACCGAACUAUAAACUUGGCCUGAACAGGAACAGUGGGCAAUAGGCAAAUGUCCAUUCUUUGAGGUUGGACUGUAGCGCCUUGUAUCGGAACUUCAACACCUUGAUAGUAUAACUCAGGCUAAAAAGAGAGGAGAAAAUAUGGUAAUAUUUGGUUGGUAACUGGUUGUAUCAUGUAUCCCCACAUAGGUUAUAACUUAUUUGUACAGAAUUGUAGUCAUGUCGUCAUAACAUAAGAUAUUCAGUUAAGAUUAUGUCUACUUGUAUCACAUAGCCACUUACCUGAGUGACGUAUGAAACCUUCUAAUAGGGUAAUUUGUUCGUAGGGGCCCACCCGAUCUGUGGUCGAUAUCCGUGUGAAAUCCAAUCCCUCCACCCAGGGAGGGCGGGAGGGGAUAAUACUCGCCUCCGUGUCUUUAAUAAAAUCAUGACUUUACGUCAUGUUAAUAGUAAAAUCUAGGAAUUUUAUUAAAGACACGGAGGCUCCUAUUAUGCUCUUUCAAAGCUGAGCAAUAACUCUUUCCGAGAAAUGUUGGAUUGAUUUAAAAUAGAAAUUCCGGUAUGUGGAUUCCGUAGACCAGUCUGCAGCCUUCAGGAUGUCUUCUAAUCGAUACCCUAUUGUCGAUGCUUUAGAAGCCAUAGCGCCUCUGACCGAGUGGGCCGAAAAAAUUGUAACAUCUAUCCCGGCCGGGGCUAAUAACCAUUUGGCCCAACGCCAGUAAUGUCGCUUGGUAGUAGGACCUAACGUUCGGGAGCGCCAGUCCCCCUUCUUGGUUGACCUGUAGAAGAAUUUUGCCGCUACUCUCACUUUCUUGUUGGCCCAGAUGAAUUGUGAGAGCAGUGUCUGAGUCUUGUGUAGGUAGGAAUUCGGUACGUCUAUCUGCAGUGUCCGAAAGAGAUAUUGAAGCCUAGGGAGGAGAGACAUUUUAACCGCCGCCAUCCUCCCCAGCCAGGAUAGAUAUUUGUCUCCCCAUCCGUUCAAUCUGGUAGCUAGUUCCCUGUAUAGGGUCUCGUAGUUUGUCUUAAACAGGCUACCCAUUGACUUCGUCAAUUUAAUUCCCAGAAAUGUGACAUCGUCUGUCCUCCAAUCAAGCUCAAACUGUCCCUGCAGCACUUGCAUUAUGGCAUUGGGUAUCCCUAUUCCUAGGGCCUGGGUUUUUGUCACGUUCAGUUUGUAAUACGAGCUGUCCCCGUAUUCUUUUAUUACCUUUAGAAGGUUCGGCAUGGAGAUCAGCGGUUGGGUCAUGGUCAGCAGCACAUCGUCUGCAAACAAGUUAGCCUUAUAUUCUUUCUUCCCUAUGCUCACCCCAUGGAUAGAUUCGUGUUGUCUGAUCCUGGCUGCUAGUGGUUCCAAUGCCAUGACGUACAGCAGGGGUGACAGAGGGCACCCCUGUCUCGUCCCAUUUGAGAUGUUAAAGGGCUCGGAUAGGAAGCCUGCGUUGAGAACCUGGGCGGUUGGAGCGCUAUACAUCGCCUUGACCGCUGACCUGAACCCUUCCGGUAUGCCAAAUUUGGUCAUAACCAUUUCCAGGAAUGUUCAGUGCAGACGGUCAAAGGCUUUCUCUGCGUCCAGGGCCACGAUCAGUCCCCCCCCUUUGUGUAGUUUGGGCAAGCUGUGCAGUAUGUCAAGUACUUUUCGUGUGUUUUCCGCUCCUUGUCUCCCUGACAUAAACCCGACCUGAUCGUUAUGGAUUAACUCUGGGAGAAUUGCGCUCAGUCUGGUUGCGAAUACUUUGGCGAAUAUUUUCGCGUCCGUAUUGAGCAGGGAUAUGGGUCUGAAGUUUUGUGGGUAUACGGGUGGUUUCCCAGGUUUCGGAAUUGUGAUGAUAUGAGCUAAUAGCGUAUCUCGUGGAAGUGCCUGCGCACUUGUCGCCUCCGUGUAUGUGAGUGCAAGGUGGGGUGCGAGGAUGUGUUGGAAUUGUUUAUAAUAGGUGUUGUCCAGCCCAUCCGGGCCUGGCGCUUUGCCCCUCGGCAAGUUUUUUAUUAUUGUUUGGAGUUCCUCACUGGUUAUGGGUUUAAUGAGAUCGUCAGCUUGUUGGGGUGUGAGUGUCGGUAGGUCUAUCUUAUUCAAAUAUGAGUUGAUAUGUUCUCGUGUGGGUUGAAAUGUGGCUUUGUCUGUGUUCAAAUUGUACAGGGUGGCAUAGUACGUUGCAAAUUCGUUGCAUAUGUCCCUAGGGAUCAUUUUCUUUUCUCCUGAUGGGGUCAUAAGCUAGGCUAUUUUUUGGUUUGCCCUUUGUUCCUGCAGCCUCUUAACCAGAAGCUAAGCUUUGUUCCCCUGCGUGUAUUGUCUCGCUUUUAAUCUCUGGAGCAUAUAGGCCGUUUGCUCUAAUGCUUGUUGGUGUAGCUUGUGUGUAAUGGUGGAGAUUUGCCUUUUUAAGUCAGGGGUCGGUGUUAUUUGGUUACGGGUGUUCAACAGGUGGAGUUCUUUCCUCCAUUGGGUGGUUUGGGCCAUGGCCUGUUUACGCAGGUAUGCCGCUCGUUUUAUAAAUAUCCCCCUAAUCACUGCUUUGUGGGCAGCCCAUAUUAUGCUCUGGGACAUCCCUACAGUGGUGUUCUCCUUAAAAUAUUUAUUUAAAGCCUCCUCUACUUCCCUUUUAAAUGUGGGUUCCGUGAUCAAGGAAGCAUUUAGUCCCCAAGGGCUCCGCUGUUUAUAGUCGUAUUGGUCCCUGACUGUCAGUAUGACCAGGGCGUGACCUGUCCAGUUAAUCUGUCCUAUGUCACAUCUUGUUAUUUGGUUCAGUCCCUGACCCUGAAUGAGGAUCCCGUCUAUCCUCGAGUAUGUAUUAUGGAUCUGUGAAAAGUGUGUGUAUGCUUUCUCUAAGGUAUUGGUUAUUCUCCACGUAUCAUAGUAGUGGUGUAUACUAAGGAGUUUUUGUAUCUGUUUGCACUGCCUAUUCAAUAUGCUGUAUCUCGGGCUAUGUCGUGAAAUGUUAGUAUCUAGUUUCGGAUCCCAAACAUGGUUGAAAUCCCCACAGAUAAUGGAUAUCCCUUCCUGUAGAGUUUGCAGUUUUUGGAGUACAUGCUUCAGGAACUGACUUUGUUUCGUGUUAGGGGAGUAAAUACUCGUUAGUGUGUAUUUCAUGCUGUUGAUAGUGCAUUUUACAAUUAUAUACCUCCCGUUUUCGUCCACCUCUGUAGAAGUCAGGGUAAAAGCUACUUUCCCAGAUAUCAGUAUGGACUUCCCCUUGGAUUUGGUGGAGGACGUCGCAUGGAAUUGAUGCGGGUAUGCCGUCUUGGACGGCGGAAUGAAAUUAUCGGUUUUGUAAUGCGUCUCCUGGAGACAAAUGAUGUCUGCAUCUAGCCUCUGGAGUUCCCUAUGUAGCUGGUGUCUUUUGACCGGCAGAUUUAACCCUCUAACGUUGAGGGAGAAGAUUCUCAUGGUGGUCUAUACUCUAUCUGUUUUUUGAUGGUUAUGGUGGCUGUUAAGUUCCAGCACGGGGGGUUCGCUCGCCCCAGCAGCAUCAAGUCGAGCGACCUUCCCCUAAUAGAGGGUAGGGUGUGGGCAUGUCUCGCUCGGAGGGUAUGGGGGUGGUAGGUCCUUUGGGGCUUCAGUUCCCAGGUAUUUGUCCCCUGUAUGUGGGCUAUCCUAGGGAGGUCAUGUGUGCACUUAGGGUGUGGUCUGUUUUGGUUAUCCCCAUCGAGACCUAAGGGGGUCGGGUAACAGGGUAAAAACACGGGUAACAGAUAAAACCAGGUAAACAAAAUAAACAUAUGCAUAUACAUUUGGUGUGCCUUGCUCGGCUAAGGUACUGCUCGGUACCUGUGGGGGUGGAAGCUGUAGCUUCCUCCUGGUGGGUUGUGCUCCCCGAGUGAACCCACUCUAAGUAUGUUAUACUUGUUCUCGGCAUAUGGCGGCCGGGCGGUCCCUGCUAUAGUAUGCAAUUUUUACAUAGACAUAUACAUAUACACACACAUACACAUAUGUAUACAUAUAUAUACACAUAUACAUAUAUACAUAUACAUAUACAUAUAUAUUUUUUUUUCCUGUUUUUUUCUUUUUUUCCCCUUUUUUUUUCCUUUUUUUUUUUCUUAUAGCACAGUAUGGUUGUUAUAUUAUGGGGUGUAGCAUAUAAUCAUACAUUAACCAUAACUCUUGUGUGGCAUAUAUACGAUACCCUCGAUGAGUAUUCUUAGGUUGGGUCCUCUGGUCUUCUGACAGCCAACUUGUGGAGAUGUCCUUAUAAUUGUUAUGAAGCAGUCUUUGUUAUAUCAGGCUUCCUGUAAGAUGUCUACAUGUGCGCCCUUCCACGGGUGUUGGUCGGUCUGUUCGGACUGCGCCGGCGGUCUUGCUCGGUUAGUCCCCAUCUUUGUAGUAGACAGGUGCCCUCUUCUGGCGAGUUGAUGGUCGUCACUUUACCUCCUCUGGUUAUCAAUACUUUCACUGGGUAUCCCCAGCGGUAUGGAAUUUUAUGUGUCCGCAGCAGUUCUGUUACUUCCUUGAAUUCUCGUCUUCUUUUUAAUGUGUACGUCGAGAUGUCUGCAAACACUAACACGCCGUCGUACGGCUCUGGGAGCGUUUUCUUUGUGCGGCUUGUCUGUAGUACUGCCUCUUUCACAUGGUAGUAAUGCAUUUUUAUAAGCACGUCUCUAGGGGUGUCAUGUGGUAGAAAUCUAGGCCGUGCCGUUCUAUGGUAGCGGUCCACCAGUAGUUGGUCCUGUGGGAUAUCUGGCGCCAGUACUUUAAGCAGGCCGUAUAGAUGGGCAGCCAGCUCCGCCGGCCCUAUUUCCUCCCCUACUCCCCGGAUGCGCAAAUUGUUACGGCGGGCCCUGUCCUCCAUGUCUGCAAUUUUUAUUUCAUUCUCAUGCAGUCUGUUAUGGAGCUCUGCAAUCUCUUCCCCCAUGCCUCUUUGGGCCCCUGCCAGUUCCGCCAUUUUUGUUUCAUUCCCCCCCGUCCUCAUUUCUAGCUCUUUAACUUCCUUGUGCAGUGCGCUGAUGGCAGCCUUGAGGCUGUUCUCAAUGCGUGCUGACAUACCUUCCAGUAUUGCUUGUAGCAUGUCUUUCGUGAGGGGGGUUUCAAUAUCCUGGCGCUGGCUGUGUCUGUCUUCCAAAUCUUCGGCGCCAUCUUGUGCAUCUUCCUGCAGUGCAGCGUGCUUCCCUUGUGGCACCCGGGAGGUGAAAAAUGCGCUUUUUUCGGCUUUGUCUGCCAAUCUUUUAUUCUUGGCUUGGGACAUGGUGGAUAGGGUGGUAUACUGCCCCUUGUGUGUCGUGGUAUUGAUGCCAAUUACUCCUUUGUGGAUUUCGUCAGAGCGGAGAAUUAAAUAAUAGGAGCCUCCGUGUCUUUAAUAAAAUCCAUCUGUUACUAAAGAUAUUUACUCAAAAUUCUUCAAUUAGAUUUAAGUUAAUAACAUAAAGAUAUAUAAUCCCAACAUAUUGUUGUUUUCGGGCAGGGAAUACUGGACAAUGCAAACAAGAUUUGUCCAGAGAGCCGACGUCUCUUUGAUAUGUUAAAAAAGAUAGGUGUUAGCAGACUAUUUUGGUCCUUGGUGCAUGUCUAAGAUUUAUACAAAUGGUUGAAGCCUGACAUCUGUCUCAUUGAGAAUUCCAAGAACCCCAAACUUUGUAUUUUUUUUUAGUCGGUUUUACUAUAGCAGUUAGGGUUUGGCUACUUCGUGGCAUCUGCUUUUCUCCUCUGAUGUUGAGCUUGUUGCAAGCUAAUUACCAUGCAGUGGACAAAAACCACUGGAGAAAUAAAUCACUACUGUCUACAAAAGUUUUGCAUAUAUUUGCGGUCAAACUAAUCCACAGAUAGUGGCAUUGAAUCAGAUAUAAAUAUAUAUAUAUAUCCAUAAGUAACUUGAAAGAAGGCUUGCAGGUGGUGGUUUAUAAGGUCACAUUGAGCUUGUACCCAUCUAUCUUAGUAUUUCAAAGGUAACUACAGGGAGUGCAGAAUUAUUAGGCAAAUGAGUAUUUUGACCACAUCAUCCUCUUUAUGCAUGUUGUCUUACUCCAAGCUGUAUAGGCUCGAAAGCCUACUACCAAUUAAGCAUAUUAGGUGAUGUGCAUCUCUGUAAUGAGAAGGGGUGUGGUCUAAUGACAUCAACACCCUAUAUCAGGUGUGCAUAAUUAUUAGGCAACUUCCUUUCCUUUGGCAAAAUGGGUCAAAGAAGGACUUGACAGGCUCAGAAAAGUCAAAAAUAGUGAGAUAUCUUGUAGAGGGAUGCAGCACUCUUAAAAUUGCAAAGCUUCUGAAGCGUGAUCAUCGAACAAUCAAGCGUUUCAUUCAAAAUAGUCAACAGGGUCGCAAGAAGCGUGUGGAAAAACCAAGGCGCAAAAUAACUGCCCAUGAACUGAGAAAAGUCAAGCGUGCAGCUGCCACGAUGCCACUUGCCACCAGUUUGGCCAUAUUUCAGAGCUGCAACAUCACUGGAGUGCCCAAAAGCACAAGGUGUGCAAUACUCAGAGACAUGGCCAAGGUAAGAAAGGCUGAAAGACGACCACCACUGAACAAGACACACAAGCUGAAACGUCAAGACUGGGCCAAGAAAUAUCUCAAGACUGAUUUUUCUAAGGUUUUAUGGACUGAUGAAAUGAGAGUGAGUCUUGAUGGGCCAGAUGGAUGGGCCCGUGGCUGGAUUGGUAAAGGGCAGAGAGCUCCAGUCCGACUCAGACGCCAGCAAGGUGGAGGUGGAGUACUGGUUUGGGCUGGUAUCAUCAAAGAUGAGCUUGUGGGCCUUUUCGGGUUGAGGAUGGAGUCAAGCUCAACUCCCAGUCCUACUGCCAGUUCCUGGAAGACACCUUCUUCAAGCAGUGGUACAGGAAGAAGUCUGCAUCCUUCAAGAAAAACAUGAUUUUCAUGCAGGACAAUGCUCCAUCACACGCGUCCAAGUACUCCACAGCGUGGCUGGCAAGAAAGGGUAUAAAAGAAGAAAAUCUAAUGACAUGGACUGCUUGUUCACCUGAUCUGAACCCCAUUGAGAACCUGUGGUCCAUCAUCAAAUGCGAGAUUUACAAGGAGGGAAAAUAGUACACCUCUCUGAACAGUGUCUGGGAGGCUGUGGUUGCUGCUGCACGCAAUGUUGAUGGUGAACAGAUCAAAACACUGACAGAAUCCAUGGAUGGCAGGCUUUUGAGUGUCCUUGCAAAGAAAGGUGGCUAUAUUGGUCACUGAUUUGUUUUUGUUUUGUUUUUGAAUGUCAGAAAUGUAUAUUUGUGAAUGUUGAGAUGUUAUAUUGGUUUCACUGGUAAUAAUAAAUAAUUGAAAUGGGUAUAUAUUUGUUUUUUGUUAAGUUGCCUAAUAAUUAUGCACAGUAAUAGUCACCUGCACACACAGAUAUCCCCCUAACAUAGCUAAAACUAAAAACAAACUAAAAACUACUUCCAAAAAUAUUCAGCUUUGAUAUUAAUGAGUUUUUUGGGUUCAUUGAGAACAUGGUUGUUGUUCAAUAAUAAAAUUAAUCCUCAAAAAUACAACUUGCCUAAUAAUUCUGCACUCCCUGUAUUUGCAAACUAAAUUACCAAUGAUAGGUCUACAAAAAUCUACUAUCAGCACCCUGUUAUUGAAAUGACCUACAAUUAUCUGAUCCUAGUCAGCAGAUGAAGUAUGUUUGAAAUAUCAGUAAGAAAAAAAAUUAACCCUGUACUGUAUUACACCACAUAUUUAAUACGCAAAGUUCCUAUUGAGAUUCCCAUUCAAUUGUUACUUCCGUAAUGCCACCCAGAUAUUUAUCAAAUAGUUUAUUCUGUAAUUUUUGCAUGCAUUAUAUUAAUAACCCCACAUUCUAUGCCAUACAUUGCUAUUCUGGUUGUCCAUAAAAUAUACAACAUACAUGUGUUCUUAUAGGCUAUUCAAGAUUACUGUGUUCUUAUAGGAUAUUCAAGAUUAUGAGGAGUUUGUUGUUUCUUCAAGAGGAUUGCAUUAUUUUUAUUUAUUUAAAAAUAAAGGAGAAAUAAAUAAAACACAAAUUUUUAAGACGAGUAAGCGGAGAGAUAGGAAACAAUAUGGGGGAGGUAUAACCAAUCUUCCCCAGAACCAGCUCCCUUGACACAUCAGGACUUUAUAUUUGUUUAAUGGUAGGCUGUCCUUCUAUUAGUGGAAUUGACAUUGAUUUUAAGAGGUCUUUCCGAGGGCACAUUAUUGCAUGUAAAAAAUAUAAAGUGAGAUUGGAGUUAAUGCUUUUUUAAAACAAUUGUAUUGUUCAGUCACGUUCUAUUUUUAAAUGAAACACUCCUACAAGUGUAUAAUGCAACAGGAUAUGAUUGUGCAAGUGCAUAAUCCCCUACGGGUGUUCAAUUUGUAGUGGAACUUUUUAUAGAGGCCAGUGAAACCCCCGUGAACUGUCAUUAAAUAAUACAUUAAGGUAAUAAAAAGAAAGGUCAUAAGUCCUUCUUAAGUGUGCUAUCUAGAAAACGGAAUUCUUAGUUUCUUCAAAACAAAUGAUAUUGAGAAAACCAACAGGAAAAAAAUUGUAACCUCAGACCCCAAACUCCAUUGUGAAAUCAGUUUGUUGGAAAUAUGAGAUUGGGGAACUGAGAAAUAUUCUGUAACCAAAUGUCUAUAAGGGAGAUUUAUAUAGGUGUCUCAUUUCUGGUCUCAAAUAUGUUCAUAUUAUUAAAGGGACACACCAAACACCUAAAGCAAUUCAGUUUGCUGAAGUAGUUCAGGUGUGAAAUGUGUGCCAUGUCUUUUCAUGUUAGAAAAAGUGCAGCUUUCAAUAUAAUUUGGCACACUUAUAAAUUAACCUUGCCCUUAUAGUGUUAAAAAAAACCAUGUCGGGUCCCUGGCCCCCCUUGUUCCCCUUCAAUAUAAAGAAAACUUAGCUUAUUUCCAGCGCAGCGCGGGUCUGCCGGCACUGGCCCCUCCCCUGAUCCACCUCCUUGGCUGACAUGAUGAUCUCAGCCAGUCACAAUGCUUUCCCAUAGAAAAGCAUUGGAUUGGCUGAGAUUGUCAAUUCUCAUGAUCUCAGCCAAGGAGGUGAGGCUAAACACAUUGUACAGCACUGACCCAGGAAGCAUGUCUAGUGACUGUCUAAAGAGUGGCCACUGGAGGUGUUAGGCUGUAAUUUAAACACUGCCUAUUCUCUGAAAAGACAGAGUUUACAUUAAAAAAAACCUACAGGCACUGACUACUCACCAGAACAACUACAAUAAGAUGUAGUUGUUCUGGUGACUUAAGUGUCCCUUUAAGGUAAAAGUAGGUGAACUGGAAAAAGUAUCUUUACAAGAGGUGCUUCCACUGCACUGACCAAGUAAAACAUGGUCACGUAAUGCCUAAGCCCUGUAGGAAAGCAUUGAUUCAAUGCUGUCCUACAGAAAAGUUUGAAUGUGCAAAGUUCCUAGUGCUCCUCUAUGAGGAGUGUUGGAUUGGACAUCGGCGACGUUGCAGAUUGAAGAGAAGUAAGCAGUGCCAAGGGACCAAGGCGAUGCUGGAAAAAGGUAAGUAAAACUUUUAUUUUUUUCAUUUUAUAGCAAACAGGCUAGUCACUAAGAGCAGUGACAGCGAUACUAUAACGUUAGGAACACAUAUGUGUGUUCCAUUAAGGCGAGGGUAGCCAAACUAAAAACAUUGCUGACUUACGGGGUUAUUCACCAAAGUGAGAAUUUAAAGUGAAUUUCGAAUUUAAGGCCAUAGUAGCUGAACUGGAAGCAUAGUUGACUUAGAUAGUUGACUUUCUUGUUAAACUAUUUUCCCUUAAAUUUGAAAUGGACUUUGAAUUCUGAAUUUAGUAAAUAUCCUUGUUGCUGUCAUACUGACAACCACAGAGGUGGAAAUCAUUUUGCAAUGUAAAACAUUGCAGUUUCUCAAAAACAGCAAUGUUUACAUUGCAGGGUUAAGAGGACAGGGUCACUGUGCCCAGAGCAUCUCACUGAGUAGCCUUUAAAAUUUUAAAUUCUGUAUGAAUUCACUUUGAAUUCUCACUUUAGUAGAUAAUCCUGUUCGUAAUGACCUGAAACAAGAGACAUGAAGCAAAACAUUUUUGUCUGACAGAGAAAGUGAUGAUAAAUUGUGUCAUCUAAAAAUAACAGGGCACAGAAAAAAUUAUUAAACAGUUGGGAAAAAAAUGCCAGAUCGAAUAAAAUACAAUUAGGAGAAUGUCUACUAAAAGUGUCAAAGGAAAUCAAUAGUAAGAGACACCAUGCAUGGAGUCCAGAGCUCGAAAAACAAAAAUAUAACAAAAUAAUCAAAAAAUAAAUAUAAAUAAAUUAGCCUAGUAGUGUCCAAAACAAAUUAUGGAUACUAUGGAUACAACAAACUGUAUCGAUAUUGGAGACAUACAUUAAAUUGAAUAAUCCAACACACAAAUAGAUAUGUAGUAAAUUGUUGCCCACGCUGUAUCUUACUGGAUCUCAAUCAGUAGCUCCGUCUCGUGUGCGUUCCACAUGCCUUCCAGGUUGCCAAGGCUAAUUGUCCACAAUAACCCAACACGUUUCGUGGAGCAAAUCCACUUCAUCAGAGGAUACUCUUAAGUACUCUUUAAAUAUCUCACCUAGUAACUCAAAUGCCUCUAUACAUAUGGAUAGAAAUCAAGCAAUAUGCAGCAUAAAACACAUCAAAAACAGACAUAUUAUAACCAUAAUUUAUAACACUAAAUUAGACAGUAGAAAAUAAUACAUUUCAAUUAUAAAAUAAAUUGCUUGGUUAAAAACCUUCACAUUAGGGGGGGCGUGGCCAGCUGUCUAACGAGGAGGACGCGUUCCCGUGCAGCUCCGACACAGAGAAAUACAAUAGAGGCCAGAAACCCGCAAACGGGACCCUCCAAACACCACAAUUAUAGCCCCCGCACAGCUACUGACAUGGGGCGAAAAACUAAGAAAUUCCGUCUGCCGGAACCGCCAAAAGCGCCCGACAUUCGGCUGUCCUUUAUGAGGCCUACACAAGCGGCACCAGCCAAAAUGGCGCCCGCCGCACCCAGCGAGGAGGAAGCCUCAGAUGACUCCCAGGAGGGCAGAGACAGCCCCACCUCAUCUCAGGCAGAAGACGGAGCCCAGUGUCAGGCAUCUGAAUCUGAGGAAGACUCAUCCCCAGUUACAAAGAGGGACAUCAGAGACCUCCUUGAGGAAAUGAGGGAGGUGUGGAGGGCAGACCUGCAGGCCACAAAGAAGGAGAUGGGGGUCAUCCAGAAGAGGCUCACUGAAGUUGAAGCCAGAGAAAGCGCCAGAGAAGCCCAGCAACAGAUCUCCAAUGACGCUGUGCAGGAUCUGCGCUCACAGGUCCAGCAGCUCAAGAGGACGGUCACAACGCUAGAAGCUCGCCACAGAAAGCGAAACAUUCGCAUCAGAGGCAUACCAGAGACCAUUGGGGACGAAGCCCUGCUGAGGUACAUAUCCCGCCUCACCACCAGAAUGGAAAUAAGGCUGCACACCGAACCAGACAAAAUAGUAACCGCAUUUAGAAUACGCAAAGCCGCAGCAGCGCCAGCAGAAUCCCCAAGGGACGUCAUAGCGGUCACGAAAGAUAUUCAGACCCGCUCAGCGAUCAUGGCUCGCUCCCGAGAACUGGGAAGCGUUCAAUUCGAAGGCAGCACAGUGUCCCUUUAUGGAGACCUCCCGUUCGCAGCCCUAGCGGAGCGGAGACAACUAGCAUCAGUGGCUAAACAAUUAAGAGCGGAGGCAAUCAAAUACCGAUGGGGGGCAGAUGGAUCCCUAACAGCAAUGAAGGGAGAUCGGACACUCACACUCACCUCCGCGGACGACCAGGCACACUUUCUCCGCCAGCUGAGAAGACAAGAGGCGGAAAACAAAGAACCCAGAGAAGCCGACACCGGGAAGCAAAAAGCCGCACAGAGCAAACCAGGGCCCACAAAGAGUCACCACAUUGCAAUGACACCGAGGAGACAAUUACUCACCUAAGCGGCUUACCACAGCACUCACUUAGCACACCACCAACUCCCAGGUGAUAGAGCAUACACCCGGCACCAUUCUGAUAGGAUAAACCAUACACCAAGUUAUAAGCCCCAGAAAUCAAAUCCAAUCCAAUCCCAGAUGUAUUACCAUUCUAGCUAAAACUAGAGACAUUCCUCUCCCAGAUGUUUGGCUCACAGAGAGCGCAAAGUUGGAGACCCCACAAACACCCUUGAAAGCGGGACUGUCUGCAUCAAUACGGGCUUGAGAAGUGGCGUAACAAAGGGUCACAAGGAACCUGAGGUUGCAGAGUAACCAACAAUAGGCGUUUUAAUAAUGACAUCAUGGACUGUUACAGAAACUUUGUUUUGCAGUUCUUUACAUUUCCCAUACUAUGACACUGUUGUAUUAUGAGUACUAAACCUCUAAUAAAAUACAAAUUAAAAAAAAAAAAAAAAACCUUCACAUUAAAUCCUAUAUUGGCAUAGAACCACACAUGAUAAGGUUUUAGAAAUAUAAAUUGCAAUAUUCCCUAAAUAAUAAAAUGAAACACUAUAAAAAAUACAGUAAAUCCUCACUCAUGGGGGAAUUAUCCCCUGAAUGAGAAACAAAAAAGAGAAACACACCAAAAAUCCCUUCAAAAACCUAUAUGGAAAAAAUUAUUCCAUAUUCAUAUUAUAAUAAAUCAUACUUGGAAAAUCACUAUAAAAUGUAAAAAUAAUCAGUCUUAAAAAAAUAUGACUAAAAAAGGGGAUUACCGCCUUACUCAUAAUUUAUUAAAAAUUAGAAAAUAACAAAUAUUAAAAAUGAGGCUUAUCACUUAAUACAAAUAUUGAUAUAUUUUUUUUUAGCUAUUUUGAAUUUGUAAAAACAUUUUUUUAAGUAUGAGAAAUUUAGUAAAUUUUAGUGCAGUUUAAGCCAGUUUAUAAUUCAUGCUGGCAUAACGGAUUGUGAGAACCAACGCAGGAGAGAUAGGGAACAUAUAUGUAUUUCAUAUAUGCAGGAGAAAUAGGGAACAUAUAUGUAUUUCAUAUAUGUAUUUCCUAUAUGAAACACAUUGUAAAACCAAACAUGUUUGUAUUAGGUACUGAGAUAGGUUUAUAUAUUUUAUUUUUGCUCAAUGGUGUGAGGAAAGUAUAGGUGUGACCAAGACUUAGCUAAGACACUUGAAUUGCAACAUACCUAACGUAAGGUAUUCAAGGUUUUAAUAGCAUGAUUUAUGGGAAAUAGAUAUCAGAUAAUAGGAUUAUAAGGUAAUGGGCAAAGAAAAUUAGAUAUUAUUACAUGAACAUAAAAGAAUGCUGAAAUAAAUAAAAAAAAAUAUUGUCAUAUAUUUUUAUUUUCGUGUACUGUCUGUGCAUGCAUUUCUUUAUACAGAUUUGUCACUGUAAUGUAAUAUUCACACUCUUUUUCUUUCUUGCGCUCUGGUCAGACACCUAUCAGAUUGUACGCCACACGCGUGCUCAUGACGGUAGCGUGACCUCGCUCACUGCUCUUCGCGAUGGCUUCGUGCUUAGUGCAGGUGGAAAGGAUAAGAGACUGGUGAUGUGGAGUGAAACUUUGACCCAGAUAAAGGAAUGUGAGGUGAGGAAGCAGCAGCACAGAAACCCUGCAGAGUGUGGAGCCAUUCUUAUGGCAUGUCACGGCACAGCUCCCACUUUCUCAUAAUUAACAGUUACCUUCCAUUACAGAUCCCUGAGCACUUUGGUGCAGUUCGAGCCAUCGCAGAGGGCAUUGGUGGGGAAUUGUUAAUUGGCACAACAAAGAACGCUCUGUUAAAAGGUUCAAUGGAUAAUGGAUUCAUGCCCGUUAUACAGGUUGGAAUUUAUCUGCUUUGUCGUUAAUUAAAGUACAGAGAGCAUGUGUCAUAAAGUCAAUAAAAAGGCCAGGCUUUCUGUCAUAGUAUAAAUUAUUGAUGACAUACCUGCUGGCUGCCUGAAGACAUCAUGGAAGAUAUUUUCCAAAAUAGCCAAGUGCUUAUUGCCACCACUUCCAUGGGGUGAGCUGAGUGUUAAUUUAAGAACAGACUCAUGGAACAUUUGUUCCUUAAACAGAAGGACAAAGUAUGGUAUGAAAUUAAAUUCACCAAAACACCCUGAUAAUCACCUUUGGAAUUUGCUACCUUGGCCACCUCUGUGACUCUGAUCUUUCAUCACAUCCCAAAUCCAGUCAUUCCUUUCACUUUCAUUUUAGAGACAUAGUUCAUAUGUGCCCAUUACUAACUCCAUGAUCUGAUUAUCUCCUAUCUUGACUACUGCAACCCGAACUUUACUUAAGUCCAGACUGCCCAUUUGCAACUCAUAAUGAAUACUAGACUUAUUUUUGGACCAAACUGCAAUUUAGCCAAUGUGGUGGUUGGCCAAAAUUCUAAUUUCCGAGCCGUCACACAUCAGGGUCAUGGAGGAUCUGAUUUGCGCGAACCUAAAAAUGUUUGCAUAGUUCUUUUCGUGAACCAGACUGCCACCAGAAAAGGAUUUAGGUUUUAACACUAUAGGGUUAGACAUACAUGUUUGUGUUCCUGACCCUAUAGUGUUUCUUUAAGGCUAGAUUAUCCGUGCUGUGAUAUUUAUCCAAUAAAAAUGAAAAUUCAGCGCACUAAAUAGCAACUUAAUGAGCUACUUACUUGGGGAAAAAAAUUCCUUCUCGAGUUCUCUGCAGUACAAGGUACAGCGCACUCACUUAUCCACUAAAGAGCAACUGGAUUAGGGGAGUGCACUGGAUUUUCAUUUUUAUUGUACUUAUUGGCUCUCAGCAUCACCCUAUUUAUGCAUGUUUAGGUGAGUGCAGCCAGCCCCUUGUUUUCUCAUAAUAUUUAUCCAAGUCAUCUUUGUUUCCAGUUUAGCUGAUUUGGCCUUACAUGUGAAAUUCACUGUGAAAUCCAAACAAUUUUCACUUUAGUAAAUUACCCUGUUUAUAUUGCUAGAAAUUCACAGUUCAAAUAAUGUUCCUGAGCCAUGACACAACACCAAAAUGUGAAAAUAAAAACCCUGGUUUGAACAGUCUGAGUGCAAGAUGACAAUACCUCGAUGUUAAUAUUGUAUGUAAAUGUUGUUUACAGGGACAUACAGAUGAGUUGUGGGGACUGGCCACACACCCUUCACAGAACAUCUUUCUUACUUGUGGACAUGAUAAACAGUUGUGUGUCUGGAACGGCAAUGAACACGCACUGAGUUGGAGUUGUGUACUGGAGGUGAGACACACACAGUCACUUAGCUUUUAGUCACAAACAGGGAGCUUGGUGUGCAUACCAAUGGUGGGACAUGUGAAACAUACUUUGAUACAGGGAUGCCCCAGAUACUGUUGAACUACAACUCCUAUGAUGCUUUGCAUGCUUACAGAAUGACAAAGCAUUAUGGAAGCUGUAGUUUUACAACAUAAGGGGCUCUACCUUUUGGGUACCCCUGUGUUAAUACAUAUUUAUUUUAAUAAACAGGUGUGUUGUUGGUUUACAGCUAUCUUGCAAAGUGGCCAAGUUGAAAACUAAAUACAAUGGGACAUAGCUGACCCCAGAGGAAACGUGGAAAUCUUAGUAAAAUGCAUAAGAUGUAUAUUACAUACAUAACACUCUAUACCUGAUUGCCAUCUAAGCCUUGUACUACAACUUUAGAGAAGUUUUUUUCCUCCUACUGUGGUCAUCAUCGUACUUUCACAGUUCCAUGAGUCACAAGUCUGUUGGAGCUAAAUGUUGUUCCAGUUAAUCCUGGCUGUAAAUGACACGGAGACAAACAUGUGAAUACCUAUGUGUUAAAGGGGAACUGCCACUUAUCUGGAGAUUACACUAUUAAAAAAAAAUUUAAUUCACCUUUAACUUGUAUUUUUUUCAUGUAUAUGAAAUAGAUAACAAAUCGCAUCAAAAUCCAGUUUAGUCCAGGCACAGCCAUGGCAAACAAUGCAAAUGAAGAGGAGAGAACAGAAACAUUGUUUAAUUUCUCCUCUUCGCUGCAGACGUUCUCUAUGCUAUCUGCUAGCCACAAAGGACAGAGCUUGUAAGAAUGACUGAUGGAAAGCCGAGAAGAAGUUAUAAAUAUUAAUAUUAAAAAUCGUGGGAAGUGAUGUUCCCCUAUAAAGUUGAAAUACCCUGAUGAAAUUGUUUUGUCAUUUUGAUUUUAUUUCCUAUUAAUCUCUCUGGUCCUUCACUACUUGAGUGGUUGGUUUUUUUUUAACUGAAUUUAUUUUGUACAUUUUUUCUAUUUCUGGCAUCUUGUCCUAAAAUUUAAAAGUUAAUUAACAUCUCACUGUUCGAUAAAUAAUCUUCCAUAAGAUGCACACUGUGAAAUGACAUUGGAUGCAAAAUAAUGCAGAUUGGUGUACAAUUAAUUCCAUCGAAAGUGCCGUUACAAUGUACCUUGGCUAAUUUUACUAAUAAACAGGGGCAUGGAAAGUGACCGCUUACCUUUAUUACAGGAUCAUGGCCUGUGUGCCGAUUUCCAUCCCAAUGGAAGAGAGGCUUGUGUGGGACUAAGCACUGGAAGGUAAUGACAGCGUGAAUACAAAUAUACAGCAGAAGAAGGGACAUGACACAACCCAUCUGCAUGUUCCCACUCAGUUUGGCCAUAAUGCCCUUCUCUCUGAUUCCUUGUUCACUCCCUUUCUUCCAUCAGUUCAUGCUUUUUCUCUACUCUGUAACGGAUCACCUGGCACCCCGACUGGGUACCUGUGUUGAAGGAUGCUCCUAGCGCUUCCUGAGGGCUCCAAGCACUGCAACAGACACCAUAACCACCGUAGUCUCCUCCAGAGAGCAAGACAGGAACAAGCUCUUACAAGAGCUUAGCAGUGAUAAAGCAAGAGACUAUGACUAGCAUAGCAAUCCCUUGUAGCAGAUUCCCCCAAUAAGAGAUGGCACUCCAAAUUGAGGGUGAAGUAGAACUGCCAGAGCUGUGGGUUUAUUGUUUUUAUAUACACAUUCUUACACAUUAGUACCACCCACAGGGUUUUGUAAAACAACCAAUAAACACGUACAAUACACUCAGACUCUCUCACACAAAAUCCUCCCCUCUGUCUGUGAUAAAAUUACCUUACACAAUGGGUUAAUAUAAUUAUCACAGGCAGGAAAAUACACAGUUUUACACAAUAUUCAUAACUGAAAAGGUAUGUAUCACAUUCACAUAAAACAUUUUCAAAAAUCAGCAUACUCCAAAUACAAACAUACGUCAAAAUCAUACAAAUUGGUCCAGUGGGUCAAAAGUUAGAUCAAAGUCCUUUGUGACCAAAUGAAGCAUGGCUUUUCUGCCCAAAACCGGUUCCACAGAGUCUUCUAUCCUGGAUAUAAUUGGGAAGUAAUCCAAUUCUCUCCAAGGACAGAGGCAAAACUCCAUUAGCCACAUGGUAGCAAAAGACCAUAAAAUACAUAAAUAUAUAUAACUGUGCAGCUAUUGCAUAAAACAGGUACAUUCAACAUAUCCCCAGAUAGCUUAGAUCUGAGCGCACAUUAUCACUGAAUGGCGCUCAGAUCACAUACAUACAGUUCAAUUGCCAUGUAGCCAAAGUCUUUCACAUAGUAUUUCGUUAUACGAAUGGUCUCCAUGGCAUAGCUAUCUGGGGUAUCACUGUUCAAAUAGGAAAAGUACCAAAUGACCCGGCUUUCGGGUCUUUGCAAGGGAAAAUCAAGCAUUUCAACAUGGGGCCAUAGUCACAGUGCAGGAGGCUGGCAAUCAGUCUUCUCCAAUGCUCAGUAGCGAGGCUGGUUCUACCACAUACUCUAUCUUACUCCUCCAGUUACAUGUCUUAUUCACAGUUUGAUCCUCCUUUUGCAGAUGGUUAGUACUGGACAUGCUGUCUCACAGUACUCUCUCUGUGCACUCUGAUGGAAACGAGCAGCUUUCUGUGGUCAGAUACUCCCCUGGUGAGUGGCAGAGUGUAUGCAUGUGAGCAGAGUUUGGAUAUGAUCUCCCACCCUUCCUUACAAUUUCACCACUGUCCCAUCUGCCUCUUCAAUGUCAUAAUAUAUUGUCUCCUGUCCCUCCCUUUCCUUUCUCCUCUUCCAAUUCCUUUCACAGAUGGAAAUUACCUGGCCAUUGGAUCCCAUGAUAACGUCAUCUAUAUAUACAGCACAGGACAGAGAGAUCGUCGGGUCGAGAAAGAGGGCUUUCAAGAUAUCACCAUAGAAGAGGACAUUCUCAGAGAGGAGGUGGACAAUUCCAAGUCAGGCGAAGGCAGCACAUUCCGAUAUACACGAUAUGGAAAAUGUGUGGUGAGUUAAUCUCCAUUUGGCAUUUUAGUAGCUGCUUUCCAGCACAUGCUGUCUCAACCAUUUUUGCACAGUUUUGUCCACCUUUAGUAAUGUAAUUUAAACGUACGCAUUGUUUUUCUUCUCCUCUUUUCCCCCACCUUCACGUACUUUGCCACUAUCAUUUAAUUUCUUGUGUUCUCAUUUCAAUGUAACAAUCCAACUACACAGAUUUUUAUUUUUUUAUUUUCCUCUCUCAUUGCGUCUUUCUCUAUCCUCCAAUCCUAGGGUCAUUCCAGUUUUAUCACACAUUUGGACUGGUCAAAAGAUGGAAAACAUAUCAUGUCAAAUUCUGGUGACUAUGAGAUACUGUAUUGUAAGUAAUAUUUUGAUUUAACUUUAGUUCUUGAUUUUUAGAUGAAUAAAAGAACAAUCUCAUUGUAUGUAACAAGCAAUGUUAACAUACAUUGGUUUACAUGCUUUAGGUCUCGAUCUAUUAUUGUUAGAUAAGCUUUCUGAAUAAUUUAAGUUUUGGAUAAACUUUUUAAAUAAUUUUCUCGACAUAUUCAAAUAUCAAAAAAUAUAUCAUAUAUAUAUAUAAAGACUACAGUACCUUGCACUCAAGCUGCAAAAAAUGUUCUUGGCCGGGUGCACUACCGGGGCUCCAAAAUAAACAGUAGAAAGCAGAUGACUGCACUCAUGGUCUUCCAAGUAAAAAUUAACUUUUAUCAUGUCAUUUUAAAUUCAGGAUCAACAUUUCAGUCCUCUCCAAGAACUUUCAUCAGGAUCAUCUUUCUACGGUCUUGUAGUUAAACGUUUUCAUACCUUUAUUGAAAAAUUAUUAAAGUAUGCAGAUCAACGUUUCAGUCACGGUCCGGGACUUUCCUCAGGAUCAGGGUUUAUGAUCCUGAGGAAAGUCCCAGACCGGGACUGAAACGUCGAUAUGCAUAUUUUAAUGAUUUUUUUAAUAAAGGAAGAAAACUUUUAACUACAAGACCGUGAGUGCUAGCCUAUAUCAAUUUAUGCCUAUUGGAUAUUUAGCCCUGGGCUUUAAGCACCCGGCAAGGAUAUAUUUGAGCCUGGAGUGCAAGGAAUUCGAAUGACUAUCUAUAUAUAAUGUUCAAGUAGAGAUUGUAGCCGUAUUAGUCCAGUGAUGUUUAUGUAAAAAACAGAUAAAAUUUGUAUCUUAUAAUACCUUUUUUUUUGGGACUAACAGAGUUUUUUAAUGACAAGCUUACGGGAGAACCUCCCUUUCUCAAGUCUAAAGCAUUUCUGAGCAAGACGACACAUAGAAUUCAAAGCUGAGUUGUGAUACAGGGUUCAAAUCGAUAUGAGUGCAGAUUAGACAGGUUUGAGGGGCGUAAAUAUUAACAGAAAGAAUAGAGGACUAAAUAUUGAUUUGGGUUUCUUGUCCCACUACCAACACUUUACAUGAACACUCCCCCCACAUUAUCUUACUGUAAUAUGUAUAAACACUUUAAAACGCAUUCCAAUAUAUUUAUUCUAUCAAUGUACGAAGUACUAUGUGUAGACCUAUGCUUUCCCAUACUCUUAUGCAUGUAUGCUUAUAUAUGUGACUGUGCAUUUAUAUUUGUGUAUAUGAGUUCAUGUGCAUGUAUAUAUAUAUAUGUGGAUGUAUAUGUGUUUAUGUGUAUGUAUUUGUAUAUGUGUUAAUGUGUUUGCAUAUACAAAUAUAUAUUUGUGUGUGUGUGUAUCUAUAAAGUCUACCAUCUUUUGCAUUGUCUGCUUAGUUUUUUUUCGCCGUUUCCCCCCUCACUCUGAUCUUCAGAAAGAUAUUUACGACCCUCCGCAAGAAUGUUGUCUAUUUUUUAUCAAACCUGUGUCUUCUCUGCACUCCUGUCCUCUGUAUCACAAUUCAACUUUGAAUUCUAUGUGUCGUCUUGCUCAGAAAUGCUUGAGACUUGAGAAAGGGAGGUUCUUCCGAAAGCUUGUCAUUAAAAAAUUCUGUUAGUCCAAUAAAAAGGUAUUACAAGAUACAAAUUGUAUCUGUUUUUGACACACACACACACACACAUAUAUAUAUAUAUAUAUAUAUAUAUAUAUAUAUAAAAUCAUUUAAAAAGUUUAGCCAAGAAUAUUAAAGGGACACUAUAGGCACCCAGAUAACUUAAUCUCAAUAAAGUGCACUGUCCCUAUCCCCUUAACGGAUAACUGCAAGACAUUACAGUUUUAGAGAAACUGCUAUCUUUCUCUGUAAUGGAAACUCUGUGCCACUGACUUUUGGAGAGGCUUGAAGGCCAGCCUCCAUCACACAGACUAUGGACUUGGUCCCAAGAGCCCCUAAAAGUGGUAAUUGUUACUGUGGCGAGGGAAUGCUACCUGUGUUUCUCAACUGGACUUGAGGACCUGAGGGCAUCGCCUGAAUUUGUUUUGCAUAUCGAGCACCAGACCGGGAGACACCCUUAAACACUGAAACUAUUCCUCAGAUCGGAACUGUGCCGAGAUCCAGUAAAUCUUUAAGGGGGUACUGCUUGUUUCCCCGGCCUCCAAAGAGUGCUAAGUGGAGGGGGGGUCUGGGAGGCAUUGGAAGAUACCUGGGGCUUCAGAGUGCUCCCUUCCCCAGAGGUCUGGGAACCACUUUUGUGAGAUCAGGACUAUAUUGCCACACACCUUGAACUCCUCGCUGGUUCUGAGAUUAGUCCUGACCUAGACAUGCAUUCUCAGAUCAGGGCACCAGUUGAACAGUGAGAAUGCUCGGAGAGGAGCUUUCCAGGCUUAAAUAUUGUGUAUGGUCCAGAAAAAGGGGAUUCUGGCAGACAUUUUGUGUGCUGUGCCUCUAGGACUCUGAGGACACAGCAGGGAGCCUAUUGUUUUAGAUGACUGAUAAUGUAAUUAAGUCCCCAAGCAGAGUGGCUGGGAAGAGACAAUUGUACUGUACAUUGCAUUUUAUAUAUAGAAUUGCUGUGUAUAAAUAACUGUGUGCUGUGCAAUGAAGAUCAUUCUAUCCCCUACAAUUAGACUCUUCUAAUGCGUGGGGGGAAGGGUAUAGUCUCUGCAUUACAGGAGAGCAGGUCUCUGAGCUAUAAUUACUGCAGCCUGGUCCAGUUUAAGAGGUCCUUGAAGACCCAAGUCAAGCUUUGGUGCUUGGGUCUGAAUUGCUUUAAAUCAUUUGGAAAGCCUAUGCAGCAUUAUUAUAUUGAGGCCUUGGUUAGUUAAUACACCAAGCUUAUUAUGUGUUCAAACCUCGGGGUUCCAGGUUCUGUUUAAGGCAGAGUCAACUCUUUUAUUCAUUCGAGAUUGAUAAAAUUUUAAAGACUAGCAGCUACUAAUCAGUUUGACAAUUUUGCUAAAAUCUGAGAUAAUUUGACAAAAUUAUUCUUAAAGAGUAUUUUAAAUUUCUUUUUUUUAUUACUUUACAGGGGAUAUUGCAAGUGGCUGCAAACUUCUCAGGAAUAGAUUUGAGAGCAGAGACCGUGAAUGGGCCACAUAUACAUGUGUAUUGGGAUAUCAUGUGUUUGGUGAGUGAGUCCACGUAUAUAUGUAGCUGACAUCACUACCUGGGCAUUUCUUACCCAAGAAAUUUACACCUAUCCCAUGCCAGCAUCCCUAUUCUGGGGUCCACAUGUAAAGAUGGAGCAGAGAGACAGAGAACUAAGGACAUAGCUGUCAUGGGAAAUAGCAUUUAGUAACCACCCUUGUCAACCACCCAGGCCACUCUUCAAGUGCUGAGUCGACAAAAAAGUGCGGUAUAGAACAUCACACUUCCUCUAUCAAUUCUUUAAAAUUUUGUUCUACAGCUCUUAAUAUUGUCAUCUUGUAUAACAUCAAGAUUGUAAUGUUUGGUAGGGUUGGCUGACUACAGAUAUCAUCACUGAAAGAAGAGAGAUCCGAAACAAUUUUGCAAGUGUUCUAAAUAUCUGCUAGAGAACAAAGUGUAUUCAUGUCUAGAGAAUGCAGAUAACUUUUCAGAAGAAAAAAGUGAAGACAAGUAAAACAUACAUUAUCAAAUAGCAUACUGUUUCAAGUAUAUUACCCAUUAAAAGACAAAUGUAAUGAGAUUAAGCCAGAGACAUUUGUUAAAAUGAAGUUUGGUAGAAAGCAAAUUAGGGCCCUUAACCUGAUAUCAAUAGCAAGAUAAAGGAUGUGCUGACAAGCUGAUGUUUCUGAUAACCUUCCACAUAAUUACAAUUAUAGUCCUAUAAAACAGUGGUUCUCAACCCAGUCCUCAAGUACCCCCUAAGAAUCCAGGAUUUAAGGAUUACCCUGUGGUGUCGAAGGUUUUUUUUUAAAAAAAAAGGCACUUUAGACACAACAGGGUAAUUCCUAAAUGCUGGACUGGUGGGGGGUACUUCAGAACUGGGUUGGCACCCACUGCUAUAAAAGAAGCUGCAUGGGGCAGGGGCAAGAGGGUCUAUUAUAAAAACCUUCACAGAUAACUAAUUAGCCUUUCCAAGAAAUCUGUUCCACUCUCAUACAUGAUGGUUUGUCUCCUUUAUCCCAACUGUUGUUCAAAGGAUUAGAUGCAGGUAGACUCACUAUGAACUGGCCUUGUGAAGGCUAGACAUAGACCUACAUGGUCAAAACAUUACAGAUCCAUCACUGAUGAAGGAAUAAAUAGUUAACUUUUUAAUGUUAUCUAUGUGUGUUGCCAGAGGUAACAGGUUUUAAUUAUACUUUCCUUUGCUGUUUGACAAAUAAGAAUAAAUGCAGCAGUGCUUAGUGAAAUGAAUACAUUAUAAAAUGUCUGCAAGUAACACUUUUACAAUUUAAGUAUGUCCAUGUGCAUCUGUUUAUUUGUGUCUUUACAUUUACAGGGGUCUGGCCAGAGGGGUCUGAUGGGACAGAUAUUAAUGCACUUGCACGUUCGCGUGGGAUGACAUUAAUCUCCGUGGCUGAUGAUUUUUGUAAAGUUCAUCUCUUCCGCUAUCCAUGCAAUAAGCCAAAGGUAACAAGGGAAUGGUGCAAGGGCUUAUAGGAAUUUAUUGAGUUUUAUCUACAGGGAUAUUAAUUUACAAUCCAGAUCUGCAUUGUCUAAGGAAACUCACUAUUCUAGAAAAAUAUGUCAAAAUAUGAUGUAGCAAAUAACAUCAUGUAAUUAAUAAUCCGCACCAUCAUGGCGCAUGUAGCACAGGGUUACACAUCACAUGGAAUUGGUGUGAAGUUAUUGUCAUACUUUUAUGAAAAUAAUGUCUCUUCAACAGGCACCCAGCCAUGUGUACGCUGGUCACGGAAGUCAUGUGACCAAUGUCCGCUUUUCAUAUGAUGACAGGCACCUUGUAUCGCUGGGUGGGAAGGAUGCCAGCAUUUUUCAGUGGAGGGUGGUUGGAGGAAGCAACUUGCCACGCAGCCAGUCAAUGUCAUCCUCUUCAUCACUGGAAGCUGCUCCCUAA